CACACACACUCAGUCACACUCACUCAGGGGACAGAUCAGGCGGCUCUAUGUGUGGCUGGGACCAUAGCUUCUCGGCUGCUUCUCAGCAUAGCUCAGCCAUGUUGACCACCGAGGGAACGCCACGCACUGCUGAUGACAUUAAGAUGGACGUUGAGGAUGCAGACAUGACAAAAUGGACGGAGGCAGAGUUUGCAGAGAAGUGCACCUAUAUUGUAAAGGACCACACUUGGGAAGGACCUCUAGAAAAUGCAAAAUUGACUCGCGCUGAAGCGUCCUUACCCCGAAACCUGGCCUUCAAACACUCCUCAAACUCCAAAGAGGUGAUUGGAGUGGUAAGCAGAGAAUAUAUCCCGAAAGGCACUCGCUUUGGCCCCCUGGUGGGCGAAACCUACACUGCAGAAGAUGUCCCCAAAGACGCUAACAGAAAGUACUUCUGGCGGAUUUACUCAGAAGGAGAGUUCCAUCACUUUGUGGAUGGGCUGAACGAGGAAAAGAGUAACUGGAUGCGCUAUGUAAACCCAGCACAUUCACAGCAAGAGCAGAACUUGGCUGCUUGUCAGAAUGGCAUGAGUAUCUACUUCUACACAGUGAAGGCCAUCCCAGCGGACCAGGAGUUGCUGGUGUGGUAUUGCCCUGAGUUUGCCCGUCGCCUCCACUAUCCACCUUCAGGAGAAAUAAUGAUGCAAAAACUCAAGCAGAGUCUAAUGGAGGCAAAGCAGCAGGUGACAGAGGAGGGGAGCUCAGUGAAAAGAGAGCAUAGUGUGUCAGAGAUCCUGAAGGACACGCGGCGAGAGCCCAGCAGACCUCUGCCCACCCGGCCUCACUGCCAAGACAGCCCUGAAAGGCCUCUCUAUCCACGCGCCAUCUACCCGCACCAGCUCCACCCCCAACUCAGCAACCCCGCCUUCACUUACCCAGCCCAUUCACCUGUGCAGUCCUCGGCAACACCAAGCCCUUCUGCCCGCAGUAGCCCUGAGAGCAGCCCCCAGGGCAGCCCUGUCCCUGCCUCGCAGGAACCACGCGAUGCCCUGUACCCUUUCUUACCGGCGUUGUACAGCCGUGGCUUGCGACACUAUCCCAGCUAUUCUCCACAAGGCCAUCUGUCUUCUGCCUCCUUCUAUCCCAGUCCUCACUUUUCCCGCUUCCCACCAUCCCACUACCCUGUGGGUUGUAACAGCCUAAGCAGAGCAACUGCCAUGGGGAGUAUGUUUCCUCGCAUGUACCCCUUGUACAGCAGCCUGCUACCAUCUCAUCUACCACUCCAUCCUACCAUGCUGCCACCAGAGAGCGCACGGCAUAUUAUGCUGCAGCCAGACUCUCCAGCUCACAGAGACUUUCUGCUCCCCCCGCCAGGGAGUGCCUUCUCGGCAGCAACCUCGUUAAAGGACAAGCCACCUCACGGUCAUCCCCAAGCACCGGUCAGUGGCUCCCCCACGGCUGGUUCAGCUGCCUCCGCAGACCGCUUGCCCACCAAGCCUACCUCAGCCCUGCUUAGUGCCACACGUCCAGAUGAGGAGGCCAUCAACCUCAGCAAGAUAAAACGUGGCUCUACUGGUUACAAGACGCUGCCCUACCCGCUAAAGAAACAGAACGGCAAAAUCAAAUACGAGUGCAACAUCUGCAGCAAGACCUUUGGCCAGCUCUCGAAUCUCAAGGUGCACCUGCGUGUCCACAGUGGUGAGCGACCCUUUAAGUGUCAGACCUGUAAUAAGGGCUUUACACAGCUGGCCCACCUGCAGAAGCAUUACCUGGUUCACACAGGAGAGAAGCCUCAUGAAUGCCAGGUGUGUCACAAGCGCUUCAGCAGCACCAGUAACCUGAAGACUCACCUGCGGCUGCAUUCGGGUGAGAAGCCCUACCAGUGCAAGAUCUGCCCCGCCAAGUUCACGCAGUUUGUUCACUUGAAACUUCACAAGAGGCUACAUACCCGUGACCGCCCACACAAGUGUCCUCACUGUCACCGUAGCUACAUCCACCUCUGCAGUCUACGCCUUCAUCUCAAGGGCUACUGUCUGGCAGCCACACCCUCGCCGGGCUGCACCUUGGAUGAGCUUAACCGUGUUAAUGAGGAGAUCGAGCGUUAUGACAUCAGCGACAAUGCUGAUAGGCUGGAGGAGAUGGAGGGCAUAGAUGUAGAAAGCGUUGUAGAGAAGCAGAUCUUUGGGAUGCUGUGGCAAGAGAUGGACAUCAAGGCCUCUUUCCACAAAGGCAGUGGAGAGAAGCUUCUCCCCCCACCACACCCCUCCUCAGGCUACGGCCUCUAUGAAUCCAGCAGUGAGGCAUCAGUCAUCAAGCUACGGCGCAGCAGUCCUCUACCUCUCCUCCCAAUCAAGGUCAAGCAGGAGACAGUGGAGGUCAUGGAGCGCUAG